CCCAACAAUAAGGCGGUAAAAAGGUUGGAACUUGGAAGUUACAACAUAAAACAGCCGUCACCGUUUUCCUCUUGUCCAUUUUCCAACCAACCAGUCAAUAAUCCAUUUUAUUUUAUUUUUUUAAAAAAUAUUUAUUCCAUUUUUCCUAUAAAAACUUCAUCUCCUUCUUCCUGAAUCAAUCUUCCCACACAAUUCCCCCAUUUCUCUACACAAUUUUCUCUCUCCACUUUUCUCCUCCAAUCACCAUUAAUGGAGUCAUCAUCUUCCUUGAAUUUAGAUGAGCUUACAUCAGGUGCAAGCGGAAGAAUUAUUCCUCUUUUUCAUCGAGCUAAAUCAAUGGCGGUUUUUGUUAUUCCUUCUUAUAAUUUUCUUAAGAAAUUCAUUAUUUUGUUUUACUCUUCAUUUUUUUGUUUCCUUCUCCUUCUGCUUCCUCCUUCGCAUCGUUUUUCUUCCUCAUCCUCUUCUUCGGAUUCUCCGCCGGUUCCGAAGCUUCGGAGAAGGAGAUCGUUUGAAGAAGAGGAGGAUACUCUUCGUCGUCGUGCGAUUGCUGAAGCUUUGGAAAUGGUUCCGAUUUCUAUAAAUGGAAAUUUUGAGGAGAGAGAAAAUUGUCGUUGGAGUACUUCUAUUUUCUCCGGUGUGAGGAAGAAUUCCCUCUUUUGCCGCUCUUGGUUUCCUGUUUCCGGUAAUAUCAAGGGGAUUAUCAUAAUUAUUCACGGACUUAAUGAGCAUGGUGGAAGAUAUUCUCAUUUUGCAAUGCAAUUAACCUCUCGCAACUUUGGGGUGUAUGCUAUGGAUUGGAUUGGACAUGGUGGUAGUGAUGGGCUACAUGGUUUUGUUCCCUCUCUGGAUCAUGUGGUAGCCGAUACUGCGGCCUUUUUGGAAAAUGUCCAAGCUGAAUAUCCCGGGGUGCCUUGCUUCUUGUUUGGACACUCUACUGGGGGAGCUGUGGUAUUAAAGGCAGCUACGAAUCCACUCAUUGAAAGAAUGGUUGAAGGAGUCAUAUUGACCUCACCUGCCUUGCGUGUUAAGCCAGCGCAUCCUGUGGUCAAGGUUAUGGCACCUGUGUUCUCUUUAGUUGCACCAAGAUUCCAGUUUAAAGGUGCUAACAAGAGGGGCAUCCCAGUUUCCAGGGAUCCAGCUCAGCUUCUUGCAAAAUACUCCGAUCCACUGGUUUAUACUGGUCCGAUACGUGUCCGAACAGGACACGAGAUCUUGCGAAUCACAGCAUAUUUGACACGCAACUUCAAAUCCAUCACUGUGCCAUUCUUUGUACUUCACGGAACUGCAGACAGGGUGACUGAUCCACUGGCUUCACAAGAUCUCUACGAUCAAGCAGCUUCCAGGUUCAAGGAUAUAAAGCUCUAUGAUGGCUUCUUGCACGAUCUCCUCUUUGAACCUGAACGAGAAGAAAUUGCAUGGGAUAUAAUCAACUGGAUGGAGAAGAGGCUAGCCGCUUCAGUAGACUGAUUUUAGCACCAUUCCGACUUUCAACAUUUUGCUCGGGUAUUCUCCAUAGUUCAAAAGAUUUAAGGCUUCAGUAGUUAAGAUCAGAAUCGUCGUGCCAUGUUUAAAGUAUUCUUUAUCGGUCAUUAGUUGUCACACGAAAAGUGUAAGUUGAAACUAGUAAUGUGGCAGCCAAGAUCAGAUGGAGGUAAUAGUAUUGUUCUUAGGGGAAGUGUGGGAACUGUAUAUACUAUACAUAAGAAGUGGUCCUUUAAUGAUAGGUAUUUCAGGCAAAGUUGCCUACUAUAACAUCUGUUGGUGACUGUAUUUAUUACUGCGUAUAUGUAUAUGAUAUGGUAUGAUAUGAUAUGAAAUUCUCAUUCCAGUUUGAGGAUGUUA